AUGUGGCAGAGGAAUCAGACCUCCCUGGCAGACUUCAUCCUUGAAGGACUCUUUGAUGACUCCCUCACCCACUUUUUUCUUUUCUCCUUGACCAUGGGGGUCUUCUUCAUUGCAGUGAGUGGCAACACCCUAACCAUUCUCCUCAUCUGUGUGGAUCCCCGGCUUCAUACACCAAUGUACUUCCUGCUCAGUCAGCUCUCCCUCAUGGACUUGAUGCAUGUCUCCACAACCAUCCCCAAGAUGGCUGCCAACUACCUAUCUGGCAAGAAGUCCAUCUCCUUUGUGGGCUGUGCAAUCCAGCACUUCCUCUAUUUGUCGCUAGGUGGUGCUGAAUGUCUUCUCCUAGCUCUCAUGUCCUAUGACCGCUAUGUUGCCAUCUGUCACCCCCUACGUUAUUCUGUGCUCAUGAACAGAACGGUGGGACUGAUGAUGGCUGUCAUAUCAUGGCUGGGGGCAAGCAUGAACUCCCUAAUCCACACAAUGAUUUUGAUGUACUCCCCUUUCUGUGGGCCUCGGAAGAUCCACCACUUCUACUGUGAGUUUCCAGCUGUUGUGAAGUUGGUCUGUGGUGAUAUCACUGUUUAUGAGACCACAGCGUAUAUUAGCACCGUCCUGCUUCUCCUCCUCCCCAUCUUCCUGGUUUCCACAUCCUACAUCUUCAUCCUCCACAGUGUCUUUCAGAUGCGUUCAGCUGGAAGUAAGAGAAAUGCCUUUGCCACUUGUAGCUCUCACUUCACCGUGGUUUCCCUGUGGUUUGGGGCCUGCAUCUUUUCAUACAUGAGGCCCAGAUCCCAGCGCACUCCAUUGCAAGACAAAGUUGGAUCUAUGUUCUAUAGCAUCAUCACUCCCACACUGAAUCCUCUGAUUUAUACUCUUCGGAAUAAGGAUGUAGCCAAGGCUCUGAGGAGAGUACUGAAGAGAGAUGUUCCCAUCCAGUAAUUGUAAUUGGUGUUGCCUUGAGUGCAGAGUGAAUGGGAUAAGCUCCCUAUGUUGAUCUGGGUGAACCUCUAAGAUUUUUCCUUGUGCUCUUUAACUACUGUGGGAAUGGCACAGAACUCCACUAUUCUAACUUGAUAUCAUGCUUUCUAGC